ACCGUCCCAUCGCCCUCCUCCUCCUUCACCUCCGAGUCCAACCAACGAACGGCGGAGCGAGCUCCACCCUCGGAUAACUAAUGGCGAUCAAGAAGGGAGGCGCGGCGGGGCUGAAGCAGAUCCUGAAGCGGUGCUCGAGCCUGGGCCGGCGGCAGCAGCAGCACAACGGGGAGCAGCAGCAGCACUGGGAGGAGGAGGAGGAGGCGGCGCCGUCGGACGUGCCGCGGGGCCACUUCGCGGUGUACGUGGGCGAGUCGCGGCGGCGGUUCGUGGUGCCCAUCGCGGUGCUGGACCGGCCCGAGUUCCGCUCCCUGCUCCGCCGCGCCGAGGAGGAGUUCGGCUUCGGCGGCGCCGGGGACCUGCUCGUGCUCCCCUGCGAGGAGCUCGCCUUCCGCUCCCUCUGCUCCGCCUCCUCCCUCCCCUGCACCGCCGCCCGCUGAGGCCCCGACGGCGGCAGGCCAUUUGUCCGGCCCCUCGGUCCGGCCUGGCGCCAUUGCCAGGCGAGCCGACGGCCGGGUGCAGACGUGCAGUGUGCGUGUAAAUACGGAUCCAUCGAUUCGACGAGGCGCAUGCGCG